AACAGCUCCGCCGUCCAUCUGGCACUCGAGACAAACUGCGCAUCACAUCUAGGAUCGACCUUGGCUACCUUGGCUAGAGCUUGUUUCUAACUUCCAUGCAGAUCGAAUGAUGGGUGACCGGGGUUAAUCCCCACAACGCCCCUUUCCGUUUCUCUUGGCUUUCGUCUUUUCUUCAAAAGCAGAGCUCUUGGCUCUCGUCUAUCCUCUUUUUUAUACUUCAACUCCCAUGAAGUUCGGUGUUGUUUGAGACAACUUCUAUUCAGCAGCUGCUUUAUUUUUUGUUUCUUUUCUAUUCAAUCUUUUCUUGCCCCUUGAGGCUCUUUGGCUUCAUUACCCUUCUUUGUAAAUUCAUCCGCUUCUUAACCGACUCUUCCUAGUCCAACUGCCAACUAAGACCGGGUCUUUUCUGAGUCUCUUCUUUCAUUUAAUCCACCUGGUGUGGUGAUACGUAUAUUUUUACGUCAUCCUUUUUUCACUUCAUUUACGAUUAUAGGAAGAUGCAGUCUUUCGCGAAGUUGUUGCUCCUCUUUGGGCUCUUGGCCUUGGCUUCUGCCUCCCCGGUUGGAAUCCAAAAACGAGGUGUAUACAAGGUUGAACGAGUUCCGAACCCGAACUAUACCGGCCGCAAUGGUCCUCGAGCUCUGUUGAAGACACUCCGGAAAUAUAGGAUGCCUAUACCGGCAUCCGUUGCAGGCGCUGCUCAACAACAGAGUGAGAUGAUCUCAAAGAGAGAACCUAAGAGAGGAAAAGGAAGAGGUCAACGUCAAAAGGGUCAGAAUGGAGGUGCAGCCACAACUGGGCAGGCUGCUGCCGCCGGGUCCGCUGCUAACGGCACCGGUCUCGUGACGAAUACCCCUGAGGCUAAUGAUGUUGAGUAUCUGUCUCCUGUCACCAUUGGCGGACAAACCUUGAACCUCGAUUUCGACUCCGGCUCGUCCGAUCUAUGGGUUUUCAAUAGUCAGCUUAGCACAGCCGCGACUCAGGGCCACACUAUCUAUGACCCAACUAAGUCCACGACAUUUGCUCUCAUGCAAGGUGCCACGUUCGAAAUUUCUUACGGUGACGGCUCGGGUGCCGCGGGCAACGUUGGCACUGAUACUGUGGACAUUGGCGGCGCUACCGUUACCAACCAAGCAGUAGAGAUGGCCACCGCUGUCUCCCGGUCUUUUGUCGAGGAUACCAACAACAACGGUCUGCUCGGCCUCGCAUUCAGCACACUUAACACUGUCCAGCCAGCUCAGCAGAAGACGUUCUUCGACAAUGUGAAGGAUUCGCUCGCCGAGCCUGUUUUCACUGCCGAUCUCCGGGCGCAAGCAGCUGGCGCAUACGAAUUUGGGCGUGUGGAUACGAGCAAGUUCACAGGUGCCAUGACAUGGGUCCCCGUCAAUACGACAGAUGGUUUCUGGCAGUUCACGAGCGAGAAAUUCGCAGUCGACGGUGGAACCACCCAGACUUCUACGGCUGGCGCACAGGCGAUUGCCGACACCGGUACCACUCUCCUCUUGGCCGAUCCUGCUGUGGCACAGGCCUACUAUGCACAAGUUGAUGGCGCCGUAGAUGACGAACAACAAGGUGGCUUUACGUUUCCUUGUGAUGCAACACUGCCCGAUCUCCAGAUAGAUGUGGGUGGCACCAUGGCUACCGUCAAGGGCACCGACAUCAACUUUGCUCAAGUCGAUGACCAGACUUGUUUCGGUGGUCUACAAGCUACGACGGCAGGUCUCCAGAUCUACGGUGAUAUCUUUUUCAAGAGCAACUUUGUCGCCUUUAACGGCGGAAACAACACUCUUGGAUUUGCGCAGCACGCAUAGAUGUGCCUCUUGCAUGUAACCAUAUGUAUAUUAUUUCCUUGCAUGUGAGCUACGGCCAUGAACUGUAUAUAUCAUGUGAGAUUUUUGAUUCCAAGAGGC